AGACGUGUUUAUAUACACACUCAGUUUAGAAGGAGAUACAGAGUUUUUGCAACGUGUUAAAUAUUUGAUGUACUAACGUUUCGUUCACUGGACAGUGUCAAAAAGAUUAAAUUUUAGGUUAAGAAACAUCAUGGACGCCGACGGAAAAAUUCAGACAGUUUUAGGAUGUAUAAAUCCGGCGGAUGCGGGUUUUACUUUGGCCCACGAACAUCUCAUAUGCAACUUCGAUUAUCUGGUUGAAAGCAUGCCCAAAACUCAGUUUCCGGAAUAUUGUAAACGCCCUCUGUCUCCAGACUUUGGCUGGUGGGUCACGCAUUAUCCAUAUUCCAGUGCGGACAACAAUCAUUUAUUUGAAGAAACUGACGCAGUUAGAGAUGAGCUCCAUUUCUUCAAAAAACAUGGAGGCGGUACGAUGGUAGAAAAUACAACAUAUGGUAUCGAACCGAAUGCUAAAACGCUUGCCAGUCUUUCGGCCGAUACAGGAGUUCACUUGGUUGCUGGAACAGGUUAUUACAUAGAACCAUCACGACCCGGAACAACAAAACUAACACAGGAGAAUUUCGCUGACAUAAUGUUAAAAGAACUAACGGAAGGAUGUGGCGAUACAAAAAUAAAAGCCGGUGUAAUAGGCGAAGUCGGUUGUUCCUGGCCAAUGACUGAGUCGGAGAGAAGAGUACUACGUGCGACAGCCCAAGUAGAAGCUGAUACCGGAUGUCCUGUGAUCAUACACCCCGGCUGGAACCCGGAUGCUCCAUUUGAAAUUAUGAGGCUAUAUCAGGAGGCCGGUGGCCAUGCGGAUAGAGUUGUGAUGUCACAUAUGGAUAGAACGUUUUUCAACAUCUCCGAGUUGUUGGAGUUCGCCGCCACCGGUUGCUAUGUAGAAUAUGACCAUUUCGGCCUUGAAACGUCAUACUAUCAACUGCAUGACGACACCGACAUGCCGAGUGAUGCUCAAAGAAUAAAGAAUAUAGCGGCCCUUAUAGAAGCUGGGUACCAGGAUAGAAUUACAGUGGGUCAUGACAUACAUACUAAACAUACUUUGAUGAAGUAUGGCGGGCAUGGGUUCUCUCAUAUCCUGCUUCAAGUUGUGCCGAAAAUGUUACUUCGGGGGAUCUCGCAGGAAAAUGUUGAUAAAAUUAUGAAAUAUAAUCCACAGGCAUGGCUCGCCUUUACUAAACGUAAUAACUAAUAACAAAAUUGUCUCUUCGUGUCGGACAUUAUGAUGACAGGAAAUCAAAUAGUCAAUAGUCUGCAUUUCGUUAUUUUCUUGUAAAGCUUCCCGGCAAAGAUUAUUUUCAAAACUGGCAGUAGGUUACAUGGUGUUUAAAAAUAUUUUCUUUCGUGUGUUGGCCUUUACGUGCCCACGAUAUCCCCUAUCUUUCGUGUGCACAUACACAAGUUGUUUUACGUAUGCUCGUGGUAGUUCUUUCAAGUGUGCAUACAUACGUAUUUGCAUGCGUAUCGAGUAGUUGUUGCGAGCGCACAAUAUACAUUUUGUACCUGUCGCGUGUGCACGUAAAUAUCAUCGCGAAAGAGGUACUGGCGCUUGUUGAUUCGAAACCCCAUUGGUUUCGGGUUAACAUCUCAUGUUUUAUAUAUGUUUAGAGUUCCUAGAGUAUGUAAAAGGAUUGUAUGAAACCAAAAAUAAAGAUCGAAUCAA